AGAGCCGCCGCCGCCACUGCCGCCCCGCGCCCCGCGCCCGCGCCCCGCCGCCCCGCCGCCAUGGAGGCCAUCAAGAAGAAGAUGCAGAUGCUGAAACUGGACAAGGAGAACGCCAUCGACCGAGCCGAGCAGGCGGAGGCCGACAAGAAGCAGGCGGAGGACCGCUGCAAGCAGCUGGAGGAGGAACAGCAGGGCCUGCAGAAGAAGCUGAAGGGCACGGAGGAUGAGGUGGAGAAGUACUCCGAAUCCGUCAAGGAGGCACAGGAGAAGCUGGAACAGGCAGAGAAGAAAGCUACAGACGCCGAGGCCGAAGUGGCUUCUCUGAACCGCCGCAUCCAGCUGGUGGAGGAGGAGCUGGACCGAGCCCAGGAGCGCCUGGCCACCGCCCUGCAGAAGCUGGAGGAGGCCGAGAAGGCGGCUGAUGAGAGCGAGAGAGGCAUGAAGGUCAUCGAGAACAGGGCCAUGAAGGACGAGGAGAAGAUGGAGCUCCAGGAAAUGCAGCUGAAGGAGGCGAAGCACAUAGCCGAAGAGGCCGACCGCAAGUACGAGGAGGUCGCCCGCAAGCUGGUGGUCCUCGAGGGAGAGCUGGAGCGCUCGGAGGAGCGGGCCGAGGUGGCGGAGAGCCGAGUGAGACAGUUGGAAGAAGAGCUGCGGACCAUGGACCAGACUCUCAAAUCCCUCAUGGCCUCAGAGGAAGAGUACUCCACCAAGGAGGACAAGUACGAGGAGGAGAUCAAGCUCCUAGGGGAAAAACUGAAGGAGGCCGAGACCCGAGCAGAGUUUGCCGAGCGGUCUGUGGCGAAGCUGGAGAAAACCAUCGAUGACUUAGAAGAGAGUCUGGCCAGUGCCAAAGAGGAGAACGUUGGCAUCCACCAGGUCCUGGACCAGACCUUGUUGGAGCUGAACAACCUCUGAGCUGCCUGGGGAGCUCCCGUCCCUCUUCCCUACCCCACACUUGCACCCCACUGGCAUGCUCUGGACGUCAUCAGCUGAACUGCAUCUUGGCCAAAUCCACGCAUCCAUUGAGAAGGGAAACCCUGCAGCCUUACACCGUGGCUCAAGGGUGUCUUGUCUGUGCACAGCCAGAAUGGCUCUGUCCUGUCUUCAUGUUCAAAUAUUAAAGCAGUUUGACAAGA